AUACAUCUAUUUAACAAUCGCAACUUCCAAACGACCCCGCUAUUUAAUUCAUUUUAUCAACAAACAUUAAAUUACAAUUUUAUCUCUUAAAAUUAAAUUCCCUACCGGGAACCCACCAAUGACCCACCUACUCACACCCACAGUUGUCUUGCGAGUUGGGGGUAUGGCCAUGGAGUCAGCAAUUUGGCAACCAAUUUUCCAUCCCUUUUUUGUUUUCCUCCUCUUCUUCAGUUUAUAUAUUUUUCUCUCUGUGGUUGCCAUCUCUCUCCAAUCACUUUCCUUUUCCCCAAAGCCAGAGACUCUCUCUUUUGCUCCAGACAAAUUGAUCACCACACAGAUUAACAAUUCAAAGUUUUCCUUCUGGCCUUCUCCCUUGGCUGGCAGUUGCAGUUGGGCCCUUUUAUUUCCAAUGCAGCUGCCCCUUUUAGCAACCAGUCAAUCGCCGUCUUCUGGAGAUUCAGCUUAGUUGAAGAGGGAGUCAAUUCAAUUCAAACGAGGCCUCGGCUCUUCCUCUUCUUCUUCUUCCUUACACGGUUUUUUUCGUGUUUGCUUGAAGAGCUUGUUACGGGGAGGAAGAAUGCUGAGGUGUUGGACGGCGGCGCUUCAAUUGACGGAGCUGUUCGUGAGCUCCUUGGUGCAUAUGCUUUAUGGGUUCUACAUAUUCAGCUCCGCGGUGGCCGGCGAUCUCUCUCAGGGGUUGAGUGAUUGGCUUUUCAAGCCAAACGCGGACUUCGCCGUCAAGAGAGAACAGAGAGCGUGUUCUGCCAGUCGCACUAGCGUGGAAGACCUCCCUCCGAUUGUGUUGGUUCAUGGGAUUUUCGGAUUUGGCAAAGGGAGAUUGGGAGGUUUAUCGUAUUUUGCAGGGGCAGAGAAUAAAUAUGAGAGGGUUCUUGUCCCUGAUCUGGGCUCUCUAACCAGCAUAUAUGAUAGGGCAAGGGAGCUGUUCUAUUAUUUGAAAGGAGGGCAAGUUGAUUAUGGUGAAGAACACAGCAAAGCUUGUGGGCAUUCCCAAUUCGGGAGGACAUAUGAACAAGGGAACUACCCUGAAUGGGAUGAAGAUCACCCGAUUCAUUUUGUUGGUCAUUCAGCUGGAGCCCAGGUUGUUCGAGUUCUUCAACAAAUGCUUGCUGACAAGGCUUUCAAGGGUUAUGAGAAUACUUCUGAGAAUUGGGUGUUGAGCAUUACAUCCUUAUCAGGAGCAUUUAAUGGAACUACGAGAACUUACUUGGAUGGCAUGCAUCCUGAAGAUUGGAAGAGCUUGAAACCGAUAUCUCUGCUUCAAAUCUGUCGCCUUGGUGUCAUUGUCUAUGACUGGCUUGACCUAGCUUGGCUGAAGGAAUAUUACAACUUUGGGUUUGAUCACUUCAACAUGUCAUGGAAGAAAAAAGGAAUUUCCGGUUUGGUAGACUGCCUGUUAGGGAAUGUUGGUCCAUUUGCUUCAGGCGAUUGGAUACUCCCCGAUCUCACAAUCCAAGGGUCUGUCGAACUCAACUCCCAUUUACAUACAUUCCCCAACACGUACUAUUUCAGCUAUGCAACCAAGCGUACAAGGAAAAUCAUGGGUGUGACAGUACCUUCCAGCAUCCUUGGUGUCCAUCCCCUGCUUCUCAUCAGAGUUCUUCAGAUGAGCCAGUGGCGCCAUCCUUUGGAUGUUGCUCCUCCUUUUAAAGGAUAUAGAGACGAGGACUGGCAGGACAACGAUGGCGCCAUCAACACCAUAUCCAUGACACACCCUCGAUUCCCAGUCGAGCAUCCUAGCCAUUUCAUUCAAGAUGAUUCCCAGUGUCAGUCCUUACAACCGGGAAUCUGGUACUACAAGGUUGUGGAGGGGGAUCACAUAUUGUUCAUAAUAAACAGAGAGAGAGCAGGAGUCGAAUUCGAUUUGAUGUACGACAGCAUUUUUGAACGGUGCAGAAAGCAUGUAUUUAAGAGGAAUCCACAGAUGUUGCCAAAUGAAGCACAACAUUGACUGGAGAGAUGCCCCUUUCUUUCUUACUUCUCCAUUUCUGGUUUUUUGUUUACCUUCCAUUACCCGCAGCAAUAUAUAUAGUGAAAGAAAGAGCUAAUCUAGGAAAGAAAGUGCAGAACAGCAGAAGAUAGAGGGGAGAAAGAAUAUUCCAGUGCUGAUAUAUACUUCUUUGACCCUCUUCUCCUUUUCCCCAAUUGUCCUACGUUGUACAAACGAUCUUCUAAAGGGGUUUACACAAUAUUCAAUCAAAUCUUCUUCUGCAGCUCCAGCAUUUUAGAUUUUCUAAAAGGGGGUUACACAAUAUUCAAUCAAAUCAGAUAAGGUGACUAAGCCCUACGCAGUUUGCAAGAAAUCAAAAUUUAAGAU